UAGUUGUUCACGUGACAUAAUAUGGUGGUCGUCGACAACAGAGCAAUUCGAUUAGAAAAACGACAUAUAACACAAUUACAAGGAUAUUUACAGUGAAAACUUAAUUGGUAGGUAGUGUUCCAAUGUAAAUUGUUCCAUGGGGAACCGCAUUACAGUGUUGCCUUAAAGAUCACCCAUGCAGCCAUGUAAGGUGCAGUAACAACAGUGUGAUACCUACCCGUACCUAUGUAGAGAGAAGGCAAGAAAAAACCCUAAUAUAACACACCAAACAAGGCAACACAACAUAAGCAUGGGUGACAGUGGGACAAGCAAUCCCGCCUUGUCCCAGCUCUCAGUAACCAUUGCCAAGGCCGACCUUCAGAGUGCAGGCGGACUGUUCUCUUCUAAACCUGACCCUUACCUAGAAUUAAGUAUAGAUGGCACUCCACCAAGAAAGACCGAAGUGUUAAAGAAAACCUCCAAUCCAACUUGGGAUGAGCAUUUUACUGUACUGGUGACUCCAUAUUCCAAGCUGGACUUCAGGGUAAUGAACAAGUGUACCAUGAGAGCAGACACCCUCCUGGGCAAUGCCACCUUAGACUUACACUCCCUCCUCACUAAACAGAAUGGGAAAUUUCGUAAAUAUAACCAUAAAAUUCAGUUGAAGAAUGAAGCCAGGGGCACAGCACAGAAUGCUGGUUACGUCUUUGUAACUUUGGAUGGACUGAAUAUUAAAAUGGAAGACUACCCACCCAAGGUAGCAAAUGGUGUGACAAAUGGUCCCACGUCUAAUGCAGCUGGGGAAAGUUCUAACAAUUCAAGUAGCAGGAACAGCAGACAGACCACCACCUCCAACAACAGGACCUCCCAGAACAGGAGCUCCUCAAAUGCCACGGGCACGUCAUCAUCUUCUUCUAGGACUAAUGCCACUACCACUAACACAACCACCACUCCAAGUAGGAACAGUAGCAGCAAUGCACUCACAGAAAGUGGGGCGCCAGGAGGGUCUGGGACACCAGGGGGGUCUGGAGGGCCAGCCACAGCGACACCGCCAGCAGCACCAAACACCACUACACCAUCAGCGGCAGGGUCUCGGACUCAUCCACAACAGAACUUGCCAGGGGAGGAACCUUUACCUUCUGGCUGGGAGAGAAGAAUAGAUGCUCAACAGCGGCCAUACUAUGUAGAUCACAAUACAAGGACGACCACAUGGGAGAGACCCACCCCGCUGCCACCAGGUUGGGAGAGAAGAGUUGACCCAAGAGGGCGUGUCUAUUACGUUGAUCACACAACGCGCACUACGACGUGGCAACGGCCCAAUCAGGACAUGGUGAGCAACAUCAACUCCUGGCGCAACUGGCGCCAGAACCAGGCAGCGCAGGCCUGGGAUCAAAUGCAGCACCGCUUCCUGGUCCCUCAAAACCCUGCUCUGAAUCCAGAGAACGACCCCCUUGGACCACUGCCUGAGGGCUGGGAGAAGCGUGUAGAUGCCAAUGGAAGGAUGUACUUUGUGAACCACAAGAACAGAACAACUCAGUGGGAAGAUCCAAGGACACAGGGUAUAAUUCAGGAAGAUCCUUUACCUGAGGGCUGGGAAAUGAGAUAUACACCUGAAGGUGUGCGCUACUUUGUUGAUCAUAACUCACGUUCUACAACAUUCCAAGAUCCUAGAGGGAAACCUGCAAAGGGGCCCAAAGGAGCUUAUGGUGUUCCCAUUCAAUAUGAGAGAAGUUUCCGCUGGAAGCUUGGUCAGUUCAGAUAUCUCUGUCAGUCCAAUGCUUUGCCAGGACAUGUGAAAAUUAGCUUGAGUCGAGAGAACAUGUUUGAGGAAUCUUUUCAACAGAUCAUGCGUCUGCAGCCCUUUGAUCUUCGCCGGAGGCUGUAUAUAAUAUUCCGUGGAGAGGAGGGCCUGGACUAUGGAGGUUUAGCGAGGGAGUGGUUCUUUCACUUGUCCCAUGAAGUGCUCAACCCCAUGUAUUGCCUGUUUGAGUAUGCCAACAGCAAUAACUACUCCCUACAGAUCAAUGCAGCUUCUUCCGUCAACCCAGACCAUCUAAUGUACUUCAGGUUCAUUGGCCGGGUGAUAGCAAUGGCUUUAUAUCAUGGUAAAUUCAUCGACAGCGGGUUCACACUUCCAUUCUACAAGAAGAUGUUAAACAAAAAGCUCACCAUGACGGACCUGGAGUCUAUAGAUCCAGAGUUCUUCAAUUCUUUAGUAUGGAUCAAGGAAAACAACAUAGAAGAAUGUGGUCUUGAGAUGUUCUUCAGUGCAGACUUUGAGACCCUGGGUAAAAUAGAACAUGUGGAGUUGAAAGAGAAUGGAGACAAGGUAGAAGUGACAGAAGCUAAUAAGGAUGAGUACAUAGAGUUGAUGACUAACUGGCGCUUUACCCGAGGCGUGGAAGAGCAGACUAAAGCCUUCCUUGAUGGAUUCAAUGAAGUAGUCCCUCUACAGUGGCUACAGUACUUUGAUGAGAGGGAGUUGGAGUUAAUGCUGUGUGGAAUGCAGGAGGUUGACAUUGAUGACUGGGAGAAGAAUACAAUCUACAGGCACUACACCAGGAGCAGCAAACAGGUGGUCUGGUUCUGGAAGUUUGUGCGUGAGAUUGACAAUGAGAAGAGAACACGUUUGCUACAGUUUGUGACGGGGACCUGUCGCCUCCCAGUGGGAGGUUUCUCAGAACUCAUGGGGAGCAAUGGGCCCCAGAGAUUCUGUAUAGAGAAGGUGGGCAAGGAGACCUGGCUGCCCAGGAGUCACACAUGUUUCAACAGGCUGGACCUUCCUCCAUACAAAAGUUAUGAGCAACUAGUGGAAAAACUGACUUUUGCUAUUGAAGAAACUGAAGGGUUUGGGCAGGAGUAGAUAUCCCAUGUCUAGCAGCAAGAGUCUACAUAUAUAUAUAUAUAUAUAUGAUCAUUGAUAACAGGGGAAAAAGAGUCUUCAUAACCAAUGAUAGUUGCACAAGGAGACUUUUCUUCAUACGGAGAUAAUAUAUAGAUAUCCAGGAGAUGCAUAUUUAAUUUCAUUGAGAGAAAUUUUCAAAGCACAGCAUGGAGCUCAGUAACAGUGAGUGAAGACUGUGAGCUACUUGGGUGCAUAUGAUUCUGUGUAUAUGGACAUUUCUUAUGCCAGAAUGCACAAAUAAUUCAGUAUAACAGUAAGGCUGGUUUGAUCUAUAACUUAAUUGAACAUUGUUUGUACUUUUUGCUCCCAGUAAGCGAAAUGUAUAACACAUCACAGUUUAACCACAAUAACAUUGUAGAUGGACGUACACAAUUUCGGUCCAUGUGGUAAAUUUUCAUUUGAAUAUAAUUUAGUUUGUAUAUUGACAGGCUUUUUAUCUAAUUCAGGCCGAGUUCAGUUUGUUUGAUAACCAAGUGCUUACACAUCUGCACAUUACUUCACUCUGGAAUGUGUUUAUUUGCUUUGUACAUAGUUUGUUAUCUAUAGACUUUUAUAUAUUGAGGAAACUGAAAGUUCUUAUAAAUCAAUUAAGGUACUCGUGAUAGUUACCAUGGUCAUGAUUGGUCAACUUUUGUGCCUUUGUAUUGGGUUUUACCAAUGAGACCGAUGCUGUCAUAUUAGACGGUGAUGGGAGAAACACCUUGGAAAAAAGUAAAAGGAAACAUGCAAUACCAUCUUUAAUUUCCUAAUUAAUAUAAAUAAUGCUCAUUUUUGCUAACUGGCAUUUAGUAUCUGGCUAAACAAUCAUUUCCUUUUGAUUAUAUUAAAUCUUGACUACAUUAAUGCAGACAGGUUCUGUGUUUGUGUUAAGACAGAUGGUGUUAUUGUUAUAAAUUUAUUAAACAAUAGGUGGCACCACUGGGGUGGCAAGAUAGACUGCCGUGAUAACUGAAAAUAAGAUAACGGAUUUGGAGAAUCAUACCUAUAUAAAGUGUGACUCCCAUUUUACAUGAUUAUAUAUACACUGAAAUUAUCAAGGUUGUGGCUAAUGAAUGUAAUGCUCAUGACCCCAUUAUUACUAGCACACCCUUUGUCCGUUACACAUCCCUGUUCAUGGCAUUGUACAAAAUUACUCCAACAUUUUUUUCUCAAUACCCUAUUCCAGUCAGCUAUCACAUACAGUAACACUUAAACUGAUAGUUUUGAGCCAAAUGAUAAAGAGGGGAUUGGGAAUUGCACAAUAAAAAGUCUGGACUGCUCUAUGAACUAUUUUCAGGGCAGCCUAUUUGAUCUUUCAUAACUGAAAGAAGGUAUUUGUUAACAAUGGAAUAGAAAAAGUUUCAAAAGUUGCAUCACAUGUUCUGCAGGUUUAAGAUAUAUGUAAAGAAAACCUGACAAGUUUUGUUCAUGAUCAAGAAGUUGAUAAUUUGCAGUAUUUAACAAAAUAUAAUGAACACAGUUUGUCAUGAUAUUUUAACCUUAUAUCUAUCUAUGAAUAUAUAUUUAUGGUUAUUCUGAUGAAGAGCAUCAGAUGUGCCAUUUUUGCAUGCAUGCUAGUAUGUACUAAUUGUUCACUGUGCAAGACGUUGCUUCUUGUGUUAUGAGUGGUCCUGAAAAGGGCAUGUUCAUUCAGUGUUUUAAGGGAGCACCUUACCAUGCUAUCAGCAAGUAAACCCUGGUAUGGGUGUGUAAAUUCAGUGUUAUGUACCAAUGUAUCUGUUGAGAAAACUGCUGUGAUACUUAGUAAAAAUAUAAUACAUAUGUAUGCUGUUGGAAUAAACAAGAACUUGAUUAAAUCGA